AUGAUAUGCAAAUGUUCUGUAAGCCUUCUGUGAGUCUGCUGGUGAUUCUCCUCCGCCACCCAAUUUACCUAAAAAAACUUGUUGGGAAAAAAAAAAAAAAGACGACCUUAUGCCUUGGUCAAUGGCCCCCAUCUAAUCCAACGCCAUCUCACUUCCUAGUUCAUAUACGACUUUCGAGCUCCAUUUCACUUCAACAAUGAAGAAGAAGGCGAGGACAUUCUCUUGCACUGGCCACCAUCCUCAGGUCAACAUCUCAGAUUGCUUGCUUCCAAUUUUUCAAAUCCCCGCCAUAAUACUCCUCCUUGCUAUCUGUUUCGUCCCUUCAUCUUCUUCUUCGACGUCGAAUCGCAAGCCCGCUCCUCCUCCUCUUCCCAUUUUGCCUAUCCCCAAUGCGUUCCAGCUCCAAUGGCAGCUGGGCGAGAUGGCCCUCUUCCUCCACUUUGGAAUGAACACCUUCACUGACUCGGAAUGGGGUACCGGUCGGGUCAACCCCUCCGUCUUCAACCCAUCCAAGCUCAAUGCUACUCAGUGGGUUCGAGUCGCCAAGGAAUACGGAUUUUCGCGAAUACUUUUAACUGCGAAACACCAUGACGGUUUCUGCUUGUGGCCCUCUGACUAUACUGAUUACUCUGUGCGGGCGAGCAAGUGGAGGAACGGGACCGGCGAUGUCGUCGCCGAGUUGGCUGCCGCUGCCAUGGACGCUGGCAUUGGUCUUGGGCUUUACCUUUCGCCCUGGGAUCGGCACGAGCCAUGUUACGGGAAGACUCUGGAGUAUAACGAGCAUUACCUGGCGCAAAUGACUGAGCUACUCACUAGGUACGGAGAGAUUAAGAAUGUAUUUUUGGAUGGUGCAAAAGGGAAAGGAGAGAAGGACAUGAAAUAUUUAUUUGAAGGUUGGUUUUCUCUGAUUCAUCAGCUCCAACCGGGGGCUUUGAUUUUUUCUGAUGCUGGUCCGGACACCAGGUGGAUUGGUGAUGAAGCCGGUGUUGCUGGGUCCACUUGUUGGUCUAUAUUCAACAAGAGUGCGAUUGAAAUUGGUGAUUAUAAACCCCAAUACUCUGGCAGAGGAGAUCCAUUUGGUCAUGAUUGGGUGCCUGCUGAGUGUGAUGUUUCUAUCAGACAUGGUUGGUUUUGGCAUGCUUCUGAAGUUCCAAAAUCUGCAAGGACUCUACUUGACAUAUACUACAAAUCAGUUGGUCGAAACUGUCAUCUAUUACUCAAUUUACCCCCUAACUCUUCAGGCCUUAUUUCAGAUGAGGACAUACAAGUGCUUCAAGAGUUCAGUGACAUCCGCAGCUCCAUAUUUUCCCAUAAUUUGGCUCUGAAUGCUCUUCUUCGUGCUAGCAGCACCCGAGGAGGGACUCAAGAUUUUCGUUUCAGUCCUUACAAUGUUCUUGAAGAAGGCAUACAAACGUACUGGGCCCCUGGGGUGAAUCAAUCGACUUGGGUACUGUAUAUAGAUCUUCAAAGGUUAGUAUCAUUCAACGUUGUGAAAUUACAAGAGCCUAUUCAAAUGGGACAACGGGUGAUUGAGUUUCACCUGGAGACGCUUGAUAAAGGGGUAUGGAAGAGAGUUGCAAACGGAACCACUAUUGGAUAUCAGAGGCUGUUGCGAUUUCCAGAACUAAAAUCUCAGCGCUUGAAGCUUCAGAUAGACAAGUCUCGUGCAGAACCAUUGAUUGCAUAUUUUGGAAUUUACAUGGAUCGAGUAUCCAUAUCAAGCGACAUGUCUGACGGAAAUUUAGUAGCCCGUUUCAAUGGCAGCCAAGUUGUUCGCAGUGCCACACAAAACUAUUCCCAAGUUGCAGCAACGUAGAGCUUAUCCCAUUUCUUUCUGUGGUUGUAAUUUGUAAACAUCGCACAUGAAAAAUAUGAAUUCAAUUUUGCUUCUUGCACAAAUCCUUAAUUAUGGAGAAGAUAGAAGAGCAUGAUCUUAAAACCA